GGAAACUAAUCAUUGAAUGAUUUAACAUGAAUACUCGACCUCGACCAGUUACUGCUACAGUGACAAAACCGAAAUGGAUGGAGCCCCAUGUCAUACCCCGCCGGUCAAGGUCACUAGAAUCUAAUGGAUCCACUGCAUCCUUGACCUCUGUCCUGGAUCACGACAGUUAUGAGAGUCCAGACAUUAGUGAAGAUGAAUGGGAAAGACAAGAAAUCCGCAAAAAUGUUGAAAACGAAGAAAAGACAGUCCAGCAGGAUCGCAGGACAGCCAGAAACAGGUCAGCCUACAAGGAGAGGGCACCAGCAAAGAGUCAGGAGAGGGUCAGAGUUCAACGCAAAAAUCGAAUAACAGCACAUCAGAAAGACAGAAUAUCUGACUAUGACACAACAGACUAUAGUGAGAAUGUGGGAGCAGGGCUGUCUCCAUGGGAACAGUGGCUAAUACAAAAAACUAAGGAGGAACGAGUGAAAAAACAACAGUUAAAGAAACACAAACUAGAGGUGCGGGAGGAAAAGGAGAAGAAGGCAAUAGAGAGGAAACAGAAGGAGGAAAAGGCAGCCGAGAAACGGUCUGAGUGGCUCAAACAGAAAAAUUACGAGGAAAAAUUACGAAAGAAACUGGAAAAACAACGAAUUCAAACAGAAGCUGAAAUAAAGGCUCAGCAGAACAUGAUAACAAAAAUGAAAGCUGAAAGAAAAUUUGAAGAAUGGAGGGAAAAGAAAGAAGAUAUGGAAAAAGAAAAGAAGGAGACAGAAAUGCAGAAAAAGAGAGACCAAGAGUUAGCAGAGAAAUGUAAGAAAAUAAAGGCCCAGCAGAAAUACGAGGAGUGGCUGAGGAACGCAAAGAACCGGCCCAAAUCCAGUCAGAGCUUUGGGUACUCUGGGGGAAAAUUAACAGGUUACCACGACACCGGCGCGUACCCAGCACCUAGUUUUUACAACCCUAUACCAUGGCAUCCAAACCCGAUUCCGAAAUACCAGAAAACUGAACGACCAAAAUCCCGACCCCGAUCAAAGAAAUACGUCUGGAAUCCGGACAAAUAUUUCUGAUCAACAAUUUAUCCCUGUGAUAUGUUUGUAUUUGAUCUGUAUAAAUGAUUGUUGUGGGUCGAUAUGUGAUGACGCACCUUUCCAGACAUUUAUAUUUAGGAAGAAUUUCAUUUUUCAGGAGCUUUCCAGAUAUUAGAUAUUUGGGUCUAUGGCUGCUUAUUUUUUUCCUUGAAAACAUCUUUAAGUAUCAUGAGUAAAAGACUUAGAGUGGACAAUUUAAGAUAAACUGUGAUGAUCUUGUUAUAGCUGUAUAUAAGUUUGUAUAUGUAGGUUUAAUUAUUUAAAUGUAGUGUUUGCUUUAUAAAAAGUAUGUUAUAAAUUGAUGUAAAUAGAAGGGAAAAAACGAUACUGUUGUGUAUUUUUGUUCGUUUACAUUUUAUCAAUUAUUAAAGGUGCACACAAAAAUAUACUGCUUUGUUCACAAUAAUUUUAAAGGUAAUAAAAAUGAAUCUGUCUAAGUUUAGAGGAGCCUUUACUGACAAGUGAAUAACUAUGAACUUAAGGGAGAUUGUCACUCUGCUUAAACUAAUGUGGAAUUUUUCAGUUUAAGAUUUUUUGCAGGAUACGGAAAUUAAAAAAAAACGAUAUUUCAGCAAAUUUAGUGUACAUGUACCAUAGUGAGCCAAAAAAGGAGAUAAGAAAUUUGUUGAUAACAAUUUGAUAAAGGAAUCAUAAUGAUUUAUGCAACUUCAGUUAAUUAUCCCUUCCUGAAGAGGGAUGUGCCACCUUAAUUUUAUAUUAAUGAUAUGUUGUGUCUGAAUUUCGUGAUAACCUACGUUUUAAUUUAAUGGAUGUUUGUACUGUAUAAAUUAUUCAUCAAGAUGUGUACAUGUAUGUAUGACUUUUGGCAGUUGAAACAGGCAAUUAUUGAAACUGCUUAAAAGGUAUUGAAAAUUGUUGGCUAACUAUUCCACAUUACAACUGUUUGAAUGUUUUCCUUUACUUUAAAGUAAGAGUCUUUCUCAAGCAUCUUUACUAAAUGUAGUUUGUAAUUGAUUACAGAGUAUAAAAAUUAAAUCUAUGUUGUAUU